AUGGGUCGCGGCCACCCUCGUUUGUAUAAAACACCCGAAGAAAAGGCCCUUGCCAACCGAGAGAAGAGUAAAUGUUGGUACAACAGGCAGAAACAUGCAAAGAAUAGUUCCCAACGCCCUCCUCGCUACCGGGCUGAUAAAACCAAAUCUGAACCAAUUGGUGGUGCCGCGCCUGAUGACCCUACUCCUUCGAGUACUGAGCCCGUUGAUGUCCCUGGGUGGCUAUCCCUUGUUGCCUAUACAGAGCGACAGUUUAACUUCCUAAUCGACACCGCCACCAUCUACGACUACUUAGAAUCCCUCUAUCAAGAAUAUAUCGUCGAAGACUGGCCUGAAACAUUUUCAGUCCCACUAAUUAGUGUUCAGGCACUCUACAAGACCAUCACGCAGUGUGAAGCCGCUGUAUUGCAACUCGCUGGGGUUGGGAUAGAAUUACGGGAUGUCGAAAGGGCGGCAGCACCUAUAAGGCUAGUCCUGCAGUGCCUUGAGGAGAUGGAGUGCUAUGCCUCUCUUAGUAAGGCCAAGACUUUGGAGGCUCACUACGGUGGUCAGCUCAGGUAUCAAUCACUCCAUCAAUAG